CCAGGAAUUCGGAACUGUUUCAGUUGGCGAAGUUUUUCCAUUAUCAGACACGAUAUCUUUGGAAGCCGGUGAUGCCGCGGGUUUCUCACCGUAGAGUCGCGACGAUCUCUUUCCUUGGAACGCGUUAGACUUCUUCGACUUGUCGAGAAAUGGAAUGACGAAUGCCAUCUCGGUUUCGUACUUCCACGGUUUCCCCUUUCUUACGGUACCAUUCAAUCUUCUGUUCUUCCGAGAUUUCGAAUAAAGAUCCCUCAGAUAACUCCAUCUCGUUUUGCACCUAACAGCUUGAAACAAUCAUUUGAAAAUAGUUGUUCCCUCGAAUAGAAACGGACGUUUUAUCGCAGAUGUUUACAGUCUAUUUGUCGAAAUUAACAAAAAUAAGAUAUGAGGAAAAAAACCAUUUUGUUUAACGCAAUGCGGCCACAUAUAUUGUCAAGGAUGUAUUCAACAAGGUGAUGAACAACGAAAGUUAAGAAAGUACAAUAAUUUCGCGAGUAAAAUACUGCCCCUAGAAAGGAAUAUUCGAUCAAUCGAGUUAAAUAAAAUAAUUAAUAACACAGUAAAUAAGUGUAUAAAAUACUUUCUGCUGGAGAUAUCAGCAGUGUACCACGAAAAAUAGCAAAAGUUUAUCACACUAAUGUUUAUAAAAUAUAACCUUUCACAAUGUAGCAGAGAAACAAUGUCCUCGGUGCCAAAAAGUGGAUAAUUUUUCUGUGGCACUAGAACAACCUUCCUUGUCCCAAGUGCAAAACUAUUUUCUUCCACUCAAGGAAUCAUUGGAAUCGUUGUACACAACUUGUGGUUUUCAGAGUAGCCAAAUGAAAAUUAUGGUACAACGGUUUCUUGAAAUUGACAAAAAGUAUGAAUCGCUGAAAUCUCAUUACUAUAAUCUUAGUCAAAAUAUGCAAUUAUUUAAAGAUAAGUAUAACAAAUUAAAAAUGAUGAAUAUAGACCUACAAAAGAGACUGAUGUCUUAUGAAAUAUAUAAUAGAACGCUAAAUUCUUCAAGCAAUAUCUCUACACCAAUAACUUCUGCAAAGAAAAAACUCAAAACAAGGCAUACUGCGAAUUCGUACAUUUCAACUUCUGGAACUAAUAUGAUAUCAACUUGUACAAUGUCCGAUGGUUUUCGCAUAACAAAUUCUGCUAAUCUAUACCGUUCUGGUGAAAUUUCAGAUACUAACCCUUCAUAUACAUUUAGACACUAAAUAAAAGUGUCAACUUUAAUAUCUAAAUUUUUACUUGCGAUUAAAUUUUAUAUCACCUGUUGUUUAUAAUUAAUGUAACGAACAAAACCGGGUUAAAUAGAACGUCAAUACCUGAAUGAAAAGGGUGUUAUCUUCUAGAAAGAUCAGACGAAAUUACAGACAAAUGAAAACAGACUUUUUGACAAAAUUGUUAAUAAUUUACAGUUAGGUUCUGAAAGAUAUCAUUAUUUAAAAACGCGACUGACGAAACAAUCAUCGGAUGAGUUUCAUUGAUUUCUUUAUCAAUGUACUAACAAACUUCCAUGCGUCUUUGGAAGCAAUAUUUUCGUUCGUUUAACUUGUUCAUAUAAAUUGAACAUUAAUUUAAAUAUUAAAAUUAAGAAAAAUGAUAAUAAAUCUGUUAUUAGGAUGUCGUAAUUUUUAUUAAUAACAAUAGAAUUGUAGUGAUUUUCAAUAAUAAAAUUCAUUGGUUUACGUACUUUUUGGUUAGAAGUACAUCUGCGUUUACCUAUAAACACGUGUAUACCACUUCAAACGGUCCGAUCGUUUUUAUAAAACAUUCAUGUCAAAUGACAACACACGAGGAACAGUUAAACCUGCUUGAUGUGAAAUUUACUUUCAUCUCAACAUUAAUAGCAGGAGGAUUAGCUGGAACUGUUGUUGAUAUAACAUUAUUUCCAUUAGACACGAUAAAGACACGAUUACAAAGUGAAUUAGGAUUUAAAAAAGCAGGAGGAUGUUCUAAUCUUUAUAAAGGACUAUUUCCUGUAAUUAUUGGUUCAGCACCAAGUGCAUCUUUGUUUUUUGUAACUUAUGAGGGUAUUAAAAAUACAUUACUAUGCAAGGUUCCUGAAAAACAUCAUACCACAGUCUAUAUGAUUGCUGCAUCUUUAUCUGAAAUGGCAGCAUGUAUAAUACGUGUACCAGUAGAAGUUGUAAAACAAAGGAAACAAGCAUUAGGUUUAAAGAAAAAUAUUGUAAGUCUUCGAUUACUAUAUCGUGGAUAUUGGAGUACUGUAUUGAGGGAUAUGCCUUUUAGCUUAAUACAAUUUCCAUUGUGGGAAUAUUUUAAAAAAGUAUAUAGCUUAAAUAUAAAGAGAGAUAUACUUCCGAUAGAAAGUGCUGUAUGUGGAGCAAUUGCAGGUGGUAUUUCUGCUGCUGUUACUACUCCAUUGGAUGUUAUAAAAACAAGAAUAAUGCUUGCAGAAGAAAGCACAAAAUCUUCACAACUGAAAAUGUUGCGUGUCUUACGAAAUAUCUAUACAAAGGAACAUUUACAAGGGCUUUUUGCUGGUCUUGGUCCCCGAGUAGCAUGGAUAACUUUAGGGGGUUUUGUCUUUUUCGGAACUUACGAAGAAGUGAAAGCUGUAGUGACAAAAUAUGUUUCACGUCUACAUGUAUUCUUUAGAAAAAGUAGUAUUUAAACGUUAAUAAUGUACAUGAUCGUAUAAAAA